CCUCUUAUCACUACCUCUUUAUUAGAGGCGAUGCCCGAAGGGGGAGGGGCCACUCUUUCUUUCCUGUCGGGGUAUGGUGAUAGAUAAGUAUAAGACCCCCUGCAAGAAUGCGAUCACAUUGGAAAACAAGUCAUUGUGUUGCCUUCUGUCGCUCGACUCAGCUCCAACAUGCAGCAGCAGCUCAUCCUGUUCGCUCUCCUGGCAUCAUCCUGGACAAUCUGCACAGGAGCCGGAGAUUGGUGCUAUCAGUCCCAGUUCUCCUGUGAUCACCCAUGCAAUGGACCAGAGAAGUGGAACCACGCUGACAGAAACUGUGAUGGAAGAUACCAGUCGCCCAUCAACAUUGUCACCAGGAAGACUCUGCCAGACGAGCGACUGAAACCUUUCCAGUUCGACAACUACCAACAGCUCUUCAGAGGCACCAUCAAAAACAACGGCCACUCAGUUCAGGUUGGAAUUCCUCACCUGAGCACCAUCUCAGAAGGAGGCCUGCCAUCCACCUACAAGGCUGUGCAGUUCCACCUGCACUGGGGCAACAAUGGAGGGCCUGGCUCUGAACACACCAUCGACGGGGAGCAGUAUCCCAUGGAGCUGCACAUUGUUCACAUGAAGCACCAUUACACUGAUCUGAAAACAGCACUAUCGGAUCCAGAGGGAGUUGCAGUCCUUGGGUUCUUCUAUGAUAGGUCCAGUGGUGCAAACAGAAAAUACGAUCCCAUCAUCAACGCUCUGCGAAGCAUCAAAACUACAGGUGCCAAUACUUCUCUGCCUGCCAUCUCUCUGGCACAACUGAUCCCGCCAGAGCAGAAUCUGACCACCUAUUACCGCUACAAGGGCUCCCUGACCACUCCGGGCUGCACUGAGGCUGUGGUGUGGACUGUGUUUGAGAAUCCCAUCCAUCUGAGCAUUGAUCAGCUGCGGGUCUUCUCUGAGCUCAAGUUUCAUGAUGGACAGCCGAUGGUGGGGACUUUCAGGCCGGUCCAGCCCCUGAACGGCCGACAGGUGUACCGGUCCGGAGGUGCAGUGAUCCUGGCCAGCUCCGCCCUCCUAAUGGCCGCCAUCGCCACAGCAUUGGGACUAUCCCACCCCAACUAGAGCGAGGCGUCCUGUGCUGCACUGCGACAUCCAUGAACACAUUAAGUUCUGUAUCACUCCUCAGUCGCAUGGUCGCUAAGAUGAUGGACAACGUCAUAGUGCAGGCAUGACUCCCCUGGUAUUCCUCUCUUACAACACAAAUGACAAAGGCGUUCAAGGGACGCCUUACGAAAGGUGCUGUAAGGGUUUGAUCAGCAUUCAUGCAUGCGUAGUAAAGCAGUAGGUCUUAUUUCAGCAUUAUGAAUGUGCCAUAAAGAAGCAGGUUACCAAGUGACAACUGAAUUCAGACUUCACAUCCUUUAGUCAUGCCCUAAUUUUUCACAGCACAGCAUCAUCCUAUAAACACCAGCACAAACUCUCACAUACUUUAGACCUCGUACUCCUUGCCCAAUGUCAGGUAAAUUUAGUCUCUGCUUUAUGUCAGUGUGAGUCGCCGAUGGUCGAGUGCCAAAGUCAGCCCCAUGAACUGGCACAUGAUGUGCUGUUCUCAAUGGGGCAUGUGAACGGCAUGGAGCUAAUAAUAGCAGAACUGAGUAACAUAAACAUGCUCCAUUUCAAAGCCAGCGGUCAAAGGAGUCAGCAGUUUGGCUUUUCAGUCAAAGUCCAGGAGCACACAGCGCGGCCGUCAGGUGAACCCCACACAGCCACUCAGUCAGCAGAUGGUUUGGGGAAGGGGGGAGGGGGUGAGGUCUCGCCUUGAAUCCACAACAAGUGCAUGCUGUUCUGAGAGCAGAGCUGCAGUCUAUCUCCUCCCAGAGUCAGAGGCUGCUGACACCUGAGACAGAGAUGAAGAUGCAGGGAUGCUAACAAAGUGAGCAACAGCCUCAUUUCUCUGCAGUGUGAGGAGACAGCAACACUUCUGAAAUGUCACUUCUUAAACCGACGUCAUUAUUUUCAUGCAUCUCAAACACUCGCAUGAAUCCGCAUGUCUCUGUGUCCCAGAUGUGUAUAAUGAGCUGCCGGAGUGAAGCUACACAAACACACACAAGAAAAACGUGCUUGCCAAAAUUCAUACCCACACCUCAGGCACUCCAUUUCCCAUUUUUGACCCGUGAAGUUCAGUGAGCUCAUCUUGACAACAUGUGACUGUGUUCAUGGCUUGUAUUGCAGGGUCUCGGAUGCACUGAAUGUUAUCGACUGUGAAUUACACCCCACUGAGUCCUCACUCAUUUAUUCAGGAGGACUCGUCAUGUAUUCUAGUGAGAGAUCUGUGCAAUUUUUCAGCAAGAUUUAUUGUAAUGAGCGAGCAAGGAAUCUGUAUAUUUUCCAUUGUUUCAUAAAAGGCAUCAAGUUAUAUUUCUAUGCUGUGUCAUUGUACACAUGUAUUUAUGUACUGAAUGUGUAUAUUGAUAUGAGACGCACAGUUAUUGUUAUUUAUGUAUUGCAAAGUUUAUAUGGAUAUAUAGUACUGAAUGCAAACCCAUAUAUGAAGCAUCAAGUUGUUCAUGACCAAUCAAGUUUACUUAUGAUGUUCAAGUGUAUGAGAUUGUCUGGUUGUAAUGCUUGAAAGUGUCAUAAAUAAUAUGGAGAAUGUGUUCCAAAAGAAUAAAUGACUUACAUGCCUUUUUAA